AUGUCCACGUGGAAAGCAAGGCUCACUAAAAGACUAAAAUCUCCAUCUGGAAGGAUGCAUCCAUUUCCAUGCUCAGCUCUUCUGGCUUGCUUUGGAAAUACAAGUGAGAAUGCUCCCUUUGAACAGCCCAGCACAACUGAUGCUCAUUCUACAAUCUAUGCUCAGCCCAUGGUGAAAGCAACAAAACACCAAAGUUACCCAGGAGUGGAAGAAGGAAUUCCAAAGAAGAGGCAAGAUUCCAGCAUCCGUGCUGAAAGAAAUGGCAGUACUAAUAGGAAUUCAAGCAACCACACCACCUUCCAGCCUGCUGAGGUACCUGAGCAUCUGCCUGAGUCCCCAGACAAUGAACCAGACUGUGAAGCAGUUACUUUUCAGACUUGUAUCCCGAGACCAUCAAUUAUUGACAUGCCAAAGGAAGAAGAAAUUCAAGAAGAAACUAAAUGCCUGGAGUUACAACAGAAGAUGAUAUCAGACGGCCCACUGGAGGCUGACCCAUCGGACCCCUACCUCAUCCCGAGAAGCAUCAUGGCGGAGCCCGACUACACGGACGACGACAACCCUGAGCUCAUCAGACCCCAGAAGCUCAUCAACCCCGUCAAGACGUCCCGGAACCACCAGGACCUGCACCGAGAGCUGCUGAUGAAUCAGAAAAGAGGUCUUGCCCCACAGAAUAAACCUGAAUUGCAGAAAGUGAUGGAAAAGAGAAAACGAGACCAAGUAAUAAAGCAGAAGGAAGAAGAAGCACAAAAGAAGAAGUCUGACUUAGAAAUAGAACUAUUAAAACGACAGCAGAAGUUGGAACAGCUUGAACUUGAGAAGCAGAAAUUGCAAGAAGAGCAAGAAAAUGCCCCGGAGUUUGUGAAGGUGAAAGGCAAUCUCAGGAGAACAGGCCAAGAAGUGGCCCAAGCCCAGGAGUCGUAGGCUGAAGCUGGGUAAGACCCGGGAUGUUCUUGCCCAUUACUGCACAAAGCUGUGUCUGCAGGGGCCUCCUCAGCGCUUCAUCUCAGGGCAAAGCCCCUGGAGAGAAUUCCAGCCAGCAGAGAAUUGUGGAUUUAGGUUUGAUUUCCUACAGUCUGGGUGAAUAACUUGUCUGUGACAGUUGCAUUUCCAGUUCGCCAAAUGAAAAGACUCACCAGCACAUGAGUUGAAAUACUGGACCUCUGUUCGGAGACUGUACAAUGACAAAACAAGCAAAACCGAAGGGGACACUGGAACAAAUUCUUGAGUUGCACAACUUGUUUUUUCUUCCAAAUUUAGUGAGGCAUCAUGGAGCUGCCUUUUUUUUUUCUCUCUCUCUCUCUCCCUUUAAGAGUUAUAGUAAUAUGUUUAAUUCCACUUUUAGGUUUCUAGUAAAUAUAAAUAAUUCAGGUUACUUUGAAAUGCAUUUACUACAUUGUUUCUAGUAUUGACAAAUCUAAAAAUUUCAUUUUGGAAGCCUCAGAUUUCCUCAUUACUUUUGCCCGUGUCAGAGUUAAUAGCAGAGAAUGUUACAGCAAUUACAUUUAUUUGGCACUAAAAUUCACAAGUUGGAUAAGAAGGUUUAAAGACCUAUAAACAUUCAUUUUAAUCUCAUUUGAAUUCUUUCUGACUCUGUGUGAUGUGUGCUACAUUCUAGUCUGAGAAGACACAUCAUGUCAGUUCAUGUGUGGCUUGGGUAACAGUAGAAGCAGGAUUCCAUUUUGUUUUUGAAUUCCUUGCUGAACUAUCGCUUUCAAAUGCAGUCAGCUUUCAGUCCUUUCUGGAAUGGAGCUGGUCCCUCUUACCCAGGCUUCCUGUCACCAUAGAGGAUCCUAGAUCUUUUCAUUUCUUCUGAGCAGUGUGGGAGAGUAGGAGCUGGGUAGUGAGGACUGGUUCAAUGUGAAUCAAGUGCAGAUUGAAUUAAAGAGCCGUCUUUGAAGACGCACAGCUUUUGUACAUUUUGAGUAACUUUAGAAUCGAGACUUUGAAACUUUCUGGUUAAGGACCCUGUGUUUCUUGGUCUUAUUUUCUCUUGGGAGGGGAGGCUGUUUUCCUACCAUCUCAACACAGAUGACACACUGAUGACUACUGUAAGGCGUCUCUCAGGAAACGCAGAGGUGACGGGAGCGGCUGCUGUGUUUCCCCAUCCCAGCCAGCAGGCUAGUCAAGAAGAAGCCCAAGUUACAGUGAUGGCAGAAUUCUCAUGCCAGGUGAACUCUGUGCUGCUGGUACAGGGGCACUCUGUGGACAUGGUCAGGUUCUCCAUGAAGACAGUUCUGCCAGGGAGUUCCACGUCGCAGUCUUCUUGUACUUCCCCUAAAGACUCACAGGGAGCUGGAUGCAGAGUUGCUAAAAUCCUGACUAAUUAUAGCAGAAACUAGCUUUCUGUGGGAAUGGCUUAAUUUUAGUAGCUGCCUAUUAGGCCCCUCUUCAGUCCUGAUGUGAACAAGAUCAAAGUGAAAUGGGUGAUACUACACAGCCAGUUAGAGAAGCUUCUUAGUUGAUUACACCUGAAAUAGAUGAUCAUCUCAUCAGGAGGUAUUCGAGAUGCUUAAGAUAACAUGUUGCUUCCAUGUUCCUUUGCUUUUGGAGAAUGGAGUAUUAACUAUCCUUCCCAUCAUUGUUUUCCUUUUGAGAGAAGAAAGUAAGACAGCAUAUCAUCCUGAACGCGCAUUUCUGAUGGGACAUUAACUAGAGUUCUUUGUGUGUAUGGACUGAUGACAUGGUUUGUAAAAAAACAACAAAAAAGGGGAGGUGGGUUAGGAACUGCCUCAAAUCAUUUUGCAUAGUUAAAUGUUAGAUCUUUACAUGUGAAUCCUCGAAACUGUUCUGCCACUUGAUAAAAUUCUCAAGGCGCCCGACAGGCUCCUUUGGAAGUACCGGUUUUGUUACUAGUACUGAGCUGGGACACUUUCUUCACUGGGACAAAGUAAAUGUCAAAAGCGUUUCUCUAGCACUCACACCGAAAUCUGCAGAACGGUCUGUCUGGCCAAAAGAAGACUUGGCCAUGCCACUGGGCAGCGACGUAAUAGCUAGACAGCAGAGAGCGCAGGUAGAGACGUGCUCUGCUCGUAAGUUCCCUGGUCAGCCUGGUUCAGAGCCUGAGUGGUAAAGGCACUGAGCCUCCCCCCCCCGCCUAUCACUGUGCAGCCCAAGCACCGAGACCCCGGGCCAGCUGAGCGACUUUACGCUCUGAGCCUCCUUUAGACAGAAAUGGCUCCAUCUUUUUCCACAUGAAAAUAGUUCCGUGUUUUUAUAGUCUCGUAGUAGUCGUGUUGCUUUCUAAGCUAUAACAGUUGACUUUAUUCUUCUACUCUGAAAAAUCCCGACUUGUUUGAGUGUAUAUAAUAUAUAUAAAAGGGAGCCUUAAUGAAUUUGUUUUCAUAAUUUAAUAUUUUUUGUAUUUGCUCUUGUAUAAUUGUUUUUAAUGGAAAGUAUUACAGAAUUGAAGGUGGAGUUCUUAGAACCAAAGUUAUUCUUAAUAAAAAUCACCAUAUGCUUGGA